AUCAGGGAUCGGCAUCCAGAACCCAGUAAACAUCACUGGCAUUAAUGUGCUGCACCCAUGGGGGGGAGACUUCUGUGUCUUCUGCUGAUGGGCACUCUGUGCCCUCGGGCCUGGGCAGAUCCGUCCUUCGCCAUCGAUUAUGACCGUAACUGUUUCAAGAAGGACGGCACGUGUUUCCGUUACAUUUCUGGCAGCGUCCAUUACUUCCGAAUACCGGCUGCCUACUGGCGGGACCGGCUCCUGAAGAUGUACAUGACGGGACUGAACGCUAUCCAAGUAUAUGUCCCAUGGAAUUACCACGAGCCGCAACCUGGGUUGUACGCUUUCCAAGGAGACCGUGAUCUAGAACGUUUUCUGGACUUGACCAGUGAACUUGGCCUUCUGGUUAUCAUAAGACCUGGACCUUAUAUCUGCUCAGAAUGGGAUAUGGGGGGUCUUCCAGCCUGGCUACUGAAUAAGAAAGACAUAGCUCUGCGCAGCUCGGACCCAGACUACCUGAAUGCUGUUGACUCCUGGAUGUCUGUUCUGCUUCCAAAACUGCGCCCGCGACUGUAUAACAACGGAGGAAACAUAAUUAGCGUCCAGGUGGAGAAUGAGUACGGCAGUUUCCCGGCCUGUGAUUACGACUACAUGCGGCAUCUCCACAAAAUCUUCCGCCUCUACCUAGGGGACGAAGUUGUACUUUUCACCACUGAUGGCAAUACGCACAAUGAACUGAAGUGCGGGACCCUGCAGGGUAUACACGCCACCGUAGAUUUCGGACCUGCGGACAACGCAACAAAAUCCUUCGAGCUUCUGCGCAGAUUUCAACCCACCGGACCACUGGUGAACUCCGAGUAUUACACCGGCUGGCUGGAUUACUGGGGGCAGAAUCAUUCUUCAAGCAGCGCACAGCUGGUCAGCCGGGGUCUGCAGGACAUUUUGGAGAUGGGGGCCAGCGUCAAUAUGUACAUGUUUGAAGGAGGCACAAACUUUGGCUACUGGAAUGGAGCCGACUUCAAGAAAAAAUACCUGCCAAUUACAACAAGCUAUGACUAUGAUGCCCCCCUAACCGAGGCUGGUGACCCCACUGAAAAACUACUAGCAAUACGUGCCGUGAUUAGCAAGUUUCUUUCCGUUCCACUAGGACCUUUCCCUCCGCCAUCUCCAAAAUAUGACUACGGUGUCGUCAAGUUGCAGAAGGUUGGGAACCUUGCAGACUUUUUGGAUAUCUUCUCUCCUGGAUGCCCAACGGUCACUCAGUACCCCAUCACAUUCGAGGACGCCAAACAGUAUUUUGGAUUCAUGCUGUACCGGACGCGUUUGCCCUGGGAUACACCAGACAUCACCAGCCUUACAGAUCCUUUUAAUGGCGUCCACGAUCGGGCUUACGUUACAAUUGAUGGGAGCUUUGCUGGGGUUCUGGAAAGGGAUCACAUAAGAACAAUCAACGUUACGGGCAGCGCCGGCGAAUGGCUGGACGUUCUGGUGGAAAACAUGGGGAGAAUAAACUUUGGUUCGUACCUCAGUGACUUCAAGGGUUUGGUGUCCAAUUUGACCCUCGCAGGAGACCUCCUCAAAGACUGGGUGGUUUAUCCUUUGAAUAUCGACGGCCCAGUUGCAGAAGGCUGGCCACACGGUGGGGAAAACAACAUUUUAAGGGGUCCGAAGAUAGAAAGCAACACAGGACCCACGUUCUAUAUGGGCACAUUCCAAACGGCCGCUCGAGGAGACACUUUUCUAAAACUGACCAAUUGGAGAAAGGGUCAGGUGUGGAUUAAUGGCUUUAACGUUGGCCGGUACUGGCCAGCCCGGGGGCCACAGGUCACGCUGUAUGUUCCGGGAAGCAUCUUGAGCACCAAGGAUUACAACAACGUCACUGUGCUGGAACUGGAAAGCGCCCCCUCUGGGUUUAGAGCGUUUCUUAUAGAUCGGCCCAUACUUAACGGAACAUCACAAGCCGUCUGACGUGACGCUGCGCAUGGAAAGGGACCUUUGGACAAUCCACUCGUCUUAAUCGAGCUUCUUCAGCGAAGCUAUUUUGCCUUCUGAGCACAUCUGCCGCAAUUUAAAGUAGAACGUAGUAAAAAAGAACUGAACUAAAAGGUUUCCAUAGGUUUAUAAUUUUAAGAGACAUUCAGUAUAUUAGGUUAAUUGCCAGCAGAAUCACCUCCAAUUUUUUAAUAAUUAUUUCAGACGGUUACGCUCCUGUUGCACAUCGAUAAAACAUUUUGUUGCACA